AUGCUGCUCCCAGCGAGCGCGCUGAUUGGCCUGCUGUGCCUGAGCCAUGCAGGGGGCGUUGGGGGUUUUGCCCGUCUGCAGGACGAAGUGGAGCUCCGCUCGGCUUUCUCGGUCGCACGCACCAACAGUAUGGAAGGCGGACCUAAGAUGACAGUGACCUUUGACACGGUUUAUGUCAACAUCGGCGGGGAUUUUGACCCCAGGGCUGGCAUGUUUCGCUGCCGCAUCCCUGGGGCUUACUACUUCUCCUUCACGGUGGGAAAGUUUCCGCACAAAGACCUGUCUGUGAUGCUGAUGAAGAACAGAAACGAGGUACAGGCCAUCGUUUACGAGGAGAACGCUGGAGAAGAGAGGAAGGUGCAGAGCCAGAGUGUCAUGCUGCAGCUGGAGUUCGGUGACACCGUCUGGCUCCGUCUCCACGGUGACCCUCGCUACGCGCUCUACAGCAACACCGGACACUACACCACCUUCAACGGUUACCUCGUCUACCCUGACAUCUACGACUACCAGGCACACCACCGCCGACACCAUCCGGCCCACAACCCCCAGAAGCCCCAGCAGGACGGCAUCCCCUCGUUGAAUAGUAACCAGGCCGCGGACCACGUCAGGUCAGGAACGGGAGAUACGGAGGAGAAGGAGCCGCAACAUAGAGAGGAAGAGGAGGAAGAGGAGGAGGAGGAUGACGACGAAGACGACGACCAGAGAUCUGCCUUCUCGGUGGGGCGCACCCAGAGCAUCGUGGGGGUCGACCAAGUGGGCAUGCCGCAGCACCAGCCCGUCAGCUUCGAUACAGCGUUCGUCAACAUCGGAGAAGACUUUAACAUGACGGAGGGGGUGUUCACCUGCCGCGUUCCGGGCGUGUACUACUUCUCCUUCAACGUGGGCAAGCUGCCGCAGAAGACGCUGUCCGUCAAGCUGAUGAAGAACCGCCUGGAGGUGCAGGCGAUGAUCUACGACGACAGCCAGGGCGAGAAAGCUCUGCAGAGUCAGAGCUUGAUGCUGUCGCUGAAACCGGGAGACACGGUCUGGCUCUACUCGCACCAGAGAGAUGGAUUCGGGGCCUACAGCAACCACGCCAAGUACAUCACCUUCACCGGCUUCCUGGUUUACCCAGACUUCCCCGCCACCACCGCCACCACCAGCAGCCAGUCAUAUGCAGACAAGAAACCCUAG